UUUGUGACAGACAUACAUAUAUAUACAUAUCUGCUAGCAGCUGAAAGAGUGUAAAACACAAAAUGGAAGAUAUAAUGAAGAAAAUGCAAGGGUUGAAGCCAGCCCUCAUGAUGUUGACUGUGCAGAUUGCUUUCUCUACCAUGAAUGUCAUCUAUAAACUUGCCAUCAACGAUGGAAUGACAGUAAGAAUUAUCACGGCUUACCGUCUCAUUUUCGCCGCUGCUUGCACGGUACCACUUGCUCUUAUUCUUGAAAGGAAAAACAGACCAAAACUCACUUGGAGGGUGCUCUUCAUGUCAUUUUUCUGUGGCCUAUUUGGAGGAAGUUUGUUCCAAAACCUUUACUUCGAGUCACUGAGAUUAAUUUCAGCAACAUUUGCUUCAGCCGUCUUCAAUCUCAUUCCUGGAGUCACUUUUAUUCUGGCUGUCGCAUGCGGGUUUGAAAAAUUAAAUUUUCACAAGGAAGCAGGCAAGGCUAAGGUUUUAGGAACAUUAACAGGAAUUGGGGGGGCAAUGAUGUUAACCUUUCUGAAAGGUGUGGAACUUGACAUUUGGCCCUUCCACAUUAACAUCCUGCAUAAAAAGGAUACAGUAAUCCACUCAGAUAGUAAAUUGCUUGGUAUUUUUUGUGGUCUUGCAAGUUGCUUCUGUUACUCAUUAUGGCUUAUCAUUCAGGCUAAGAUGAGCAAAGAAUAUCCAAGCCAUUACUCAAGUACAGCUCUAAUGUCAUUAAUGGGGGCAGCACAAGCAACUGUUUUUGCCCUUUGUGUUGAGAAGGAUUGGAGUCAGUGGAGGUUGGGAUGGAGUAUUAGGCUUCUAGCUGCAGCAUACUCGGGAAUUGUGGCCUCUGGAUUAAUGGUUGUUGUAAUUGCAUGGUGUGUGAUGAAGAAAGGUCCAUUGUAUGCAUCUAGUUUCAAUCCCGUGAUGCUUGUGCUUGUGGCCAUUCUUAGUUCCUUGAUGUUGGAUGAGAACCUCUACUUAGGAAGUGCAAUUGGAGCGGUGCUAAUUAUGAUUGGAUUAUACAUGGUGCUGUGGGGCAAGAGCAAAGAAAUGAAAAAUGUGACUUCUCCAGAUCUAGAAAUUGAAAAAAUUGAGGUUGUUGUGACGCCCACCACAACAGAUAAUGAUAAUAUUAACUGCAGCAACAACCGUUGUGAGAGCAAUAUUAUUGUUAGCAAGGAUGAUGGUACCUCAUCAAAAAGUGUGCAAGAAGGACAAGACAUAGAAAAUAACAUAAAAGAAACAUCUUCAGGUGAUGUAAAAAGUGCAAAUAAUAACAGUGAAUGUGUAUAGCCGUAGAGGGUGAUGAUGGACACUGGACCACAUAUCUUCUUCACCUUGGUUUAAUUUGUUCAUUAUUUUUCUACAAUUCUUUAUGUAAUAAACGAAAGAA